AAUGGGGAUCAUCUCAAGGAAGAUCUUCCCAGCUUGUGGAAGUAUGUGUGUUUGUUGUCCUGCUUUGAGGUCAAGAUCAAGACAGACUGUCAAACGUUACAUAAAAUUGCUUGCUGAUAUCUUCCCUAAAUCCCCGGAUGAGCUUCCAAAUGAAAGGAAAAUUAUCAAAUUAUGUGAAUAUGCUGCGAAAAACCCUUUUCGGAUUCCCAAGAUAGCAAAAUAUCUUGAAGAACGAUGCUACAAUGAACUGAGAUCCGAGGACAUCAAGCUAGUCAAGAUUGUAGCAGAAUCUUUCAUUAAGUUUCUUUCCAUUUGUAAGGUGAAAAUAACAUAUUUUGCUGUUGAUGUGCUUAAUGUAAUUUCGGAGCUCUUGGACUAUUCCAAGAAUGAGACUGUUCAGACACUUGGUUGCCAAUCCUUAACAAGGUUCAUCUACUGUCAGGUGAAUAAUACAGUCCAAAAUAUUUGGCUUAUUGCUUAUGUGGCUUCUUCAUGA